UGACCUGGGGGCACUUCGAUUUCAAUUUCAAUUUCAGACAACUAAAACACAGAGAAAAUGGAGAUUCUUUCUGCAGUGUCUCCUUGCAGCUACGUCCCUCGUUGUCUCCUUGUAAAGGGUAAUGCAAAUCAAGCUCCUUCAAAGCUCAAACAUGUCGAACAAGUUAAAAUACCGCAUUUCAAGAACAUGUUUCCACCUCUUGUUGCUGCAUUCGUGGCCUUAUCUCCUAUCUGCAACACCCCAGCUAUUGCACAAAGCGUAGAUAUACAGAGAGGGGCCACAUUGUUUGGACAGGCCUGUAUUGGAUGUCAUGAUGGAGGUGGAAACAUAAUUCAACCAGGUGCAACACUCUUUACAAAGGACCUAGAAAGGAAUGGGGUUGUCACUGAAGACGAUAUAUACCGUAUCACAUACUAUGGCAAGGGAAGAAUGCCUGGGUUUGGCGAGAGCUGCACGCCGAGGGGACAAUGCACAUUUGGACCACGUUUGAAGGAAGAUGAAAUCAAGCUCUUGGCUGAGUUUGUGAAGUUACAGGCUGAUCAAGGGUGGCCAAAUGUAGCAAGUAAUGGGGAUUGAUUUCUUGUUUUACCUCUAACUAUCCAAACAGAUAGAUAUACAUCCAUUCAUGUUUAAGGCUUGAUCUGGAAUCUUGAAUGAAAUCAAACCUUGCCCAUUUCAUAAAUGUAAUUGGAGGAAACUGUUAUUAUUAGAUAGUAA